CACACUGCCCAACUUCCCUACCCUGCACCCAAUCAUAUUUCCCUGGAAUCUAUGAUCUUGUACAUGAACAUAUAUGUACCUGUAAUUCCGAGAACUUGCUGUUUCAAGAAGUGAGAGCAUAUCCCUUUUACUUUUGUUAUUGUGUGUGACAAAAGUGGAUGAGAUGAACUAAGACGCCCAUAAGAUGCUUAAACCACCUCCGUAGGAAGUUGUUCUUGAGAUGCAUGACCCAUGGUUAAUAGUGGUUUUCAGUCAAAGCAAGCCCACAUAAAGAAGAUACAGUUAUCCUAAGACUGAAGAGUGCACUGCAUAAUAAUACAAGGAGAAUCUGCAGUUGUGGACUUCACUGGAUGUUCAGAAGUUCACCUUUGCAUGAGUGAAGAGUGCUGAAGAAUGUGGAAGAGUGGUACAACACUACUGUCCAAACAACUUCACAAUCAAUAUGGGACUUUUCAGCGAGAGAUGCAGCAGUUGUCUGCCGAUGGGCGCAGAGUCAUGGCGAUACGGCGAGAAGAUGUUAAUGUCUGGGAGAGAAGAGCUCCUUUAGCGCCCCACCAUGUCAGAUAUCUGGUCAAGAAAGGCGUUAAAGUUAUUGUUCAACCAUCAAAUCGAAGGGCUUAUCCCAUGCAAGAGUAUGCAAACCAUGGGGCAAUUAUCCAGGAAGAUAUCAGUGAGGCGUCCUUUGUGGUUGGCGUUAAGCAGGUGCCCAUUGACGUUUUGAUGCCAAACAGAACUUAUGCAUUCUUCUCUCACACAAUCAAAGCUCAAGAGGCGAAUAUGCCUCUGCUUGAUGCUAUUCUACAGAAGAAUAUCCGGCUCAUUGACUAUGAAAAAAUGUGUGACGCUGAAGGACAGAGGGUAGUGGCUUUUGGGAAAUACGCAGGUGUUGCGGGCAUGAUCAACAUUCUUCAUGGAAUGGGCCUGAGACUUCUGGCCCUUGGCCAUCACACACCCUUCAUGCAUAUUGGCCCAAGUCACAACUAUAGAAACAGUGAAAUGGCAAGGCGAGCAAUAAGGGAUGCAGGUUAUGAAAUUUGUCUGGGUAUGAUGCCCAAGUCCAUUGGCCCUAUCACUUUUGUGUUUACAGGCACUGGGAAUGUCUCACAGGGUGCACAAGAAGUGUUUCAGGAGCUCCCUUAUGAAUAUGUAGAGCCAGAGCAUCUGCCAAAGGUGGCCAGACAAGGAGCAACAAACAAAAUAUACGCAUGUGUUGUGAGCCGAGAGGAUCACUAUGUGCGAAAAGACGGACAGAAAUUCAAUGCUGAAGAGUUUGAACAACACCCUGAGAGAUUUGUUUCUACUUUCAGCAAACAGAUUGCUCCCUACGCCUCCUGCAUUGUGAAUGGAAUUUAUUAUGCCCCAAAUUCGCCUCACAUCUUGUCCAUUCCUGACGCAAAAUUGCUUCUCAGUCCACAAGAAACGCCCUGGAUCCCAUCCAGCCUUGGUUGCCCCAAGUUGCCCCACCGCCUAUUGGCUAUCUGUGAUAUAUCUGCUGACCCAGGAGGAUCUAUUGAAUUUAUGAAGGAAUGCACAACCAUUGACUCUCCCUUCUGCCUGUAUGAUGCAGACAGGAAUAUGAACACAGAAAGUUUUGCAGGCAGUGGUGUCUUGAUCUGCUCUAUUGACAACAUGCCUGCACAAAUCCCAAGGGAGGCUACAGAUUUCUUUGGAGGGCUUUUGCUGCCAUAUGUUUUUGACAUGAUCAAUUCAGAUGCUACAAAACCUUUUGAAGAAUACAAUUCUUCACCUGUUGUGAAAAAUGCUGUGAUAACCUCAAAUGGAUCAUUGACACCAAAUUUUGAAUAUAUCAAAGAGAUGCGGAACAAUAGGCGAUCUCAGCACAAAGCACCUCUUUCUGCGGAGGCAUCCACAAAGAAGGUGUUAAUACUUGGUGCUGGUUAUGUGUCAUCACCUGCUGUAGAAUACCUGAGUAGAGAUGAAAAAACACAGGUUACCGUGGCAUCCCAGUUUCAGGAAGAGCUGGACGCAGUGGGAGAGAAGUUCCCUAAAGCACACUUGUCUCUCCUGGACAUCAAUCAGAGCUAUGAUGACCUUGAUGAUAUGAUACAGGCCAAUGACGUUGUUGUUAGCCUCUUGCCUUACACCCUUCACCCAGAAGUAGCUGAUUUGUGCAUAAAACACAAAACCAACAUGGUCACUGCUAGUUACGUGACUCCGGCAAUGAAAGCCCUGCAUGAAAGAGCGAAAGAUGCUGGCAUCACAGUCAUGAAUGAGGUGGGAGUUGACCCAGGUAUUGACCACAUGCUGGCAAUGGAGUGCUUUGAUGAGAUUCAUCGUAAUGGAGGAAAGAUUACGUCCUACCUGUCAUGGUGUGGUGGACUGCCAGCACCAGAGCAUUCUGACACUCCACUGCGGUACAAAUUCAGCUGGUUUCCCAAAGGUGUCUUGAUGAAUGUCUUGUCUGGAGCACGAUACCUUGAUGGUGGAGAAGUUGUUGAAGUACCAGAGGGUGGUAGUUUGUUGGACAAUGUGCAUGAUCUGGACUUUUUACCUGGCUUUAAUUUGGAGGGUUUUGCGAACAGGGAUUCCACAGUCUACAGUAAACUGUAUGGCAUUGAGAAUUGCCAAACAUUGCUGCGUGGCACUAUAAGAUAUAAGGGAUUCUCCACAGCCAUGAGCAGUCUCCUUGCCCUGGGUCUGCUGGACAACAGCCCCAAGGCUGCUCUUCACCCCAAUGGAGGCAACAUUACCUGGAAAAACUUGAUAUGUGAACUUCUGGGUAUCAAGUCUGAUAUUUUGGUUGACUCUGUGAAGGACUGUGUGUUAGAGCGUGUGGGCAACUCUUUGCCCAAGCUCAGGUGCAUUGAAGAAUUGGGUCUGCUAAGUGAUGAAGAGGUGGACAAGAAGGGAUCACCUCUAGAUACCCUAUCAAAUUAUCUGUCCAAGAGGCUAGCCUUCGGCCCUGGCGAACGGGACCUUAUUAUUCUUCGCCAUGAAAUUGAUGUGGAGUGGCUGGAUGGUUGUCGUGAAAGACGUCAGGUUGGAUUGACUGUGUACGGAGAAACCAAUGGCUAUUCAGCUAUGGCCAAAACAGUGGGCUUACCAACUGGAAUAGCCACAAAAAUGGUCCUGGAAGGUGAGAUUCAGAAGAAAGGAAUGGUCAUCCCCCUGUCUGUGGACAUCUAUAGACCUAUUUUACAAAGGCUGACCGAAGAGGGCCUGACUGCCAGUGAAGUGAUAAAGCCCCUGCCACGCCUUGCAGACCAUCAGAGAAUGAGCAGCUUUUAAUUUCUUCAUCAUGGGGCAGAUGAUUCAGGCGAAUUCCUAGUCUGUUGUGCUAUUUUGGGAAUACAAAAGCAAAGAAAAUACAGUUUCAGAAAAGUGGCUGUCGAAAUGUUUUUCUUUGGUUAUAUCCGUUGUUUGAUCAUAAAACAACAAGGAUAUAUUCCUUUGCUAUUGUAUAAUGUCAACUUGUAUCUUGUCCUGUCAUGAUAUGUCGGAUUGGGGUACGGGUAUGCUAUUUUUUUAUGUUUUUUUUUUUAAUAUAUAUAUCUCAGUGUGACAAUAAGUGACAUAUUGUUUACAUUUUCCUCAACAAAGGACUGAUGUCCUGUAGGUUUUGAAGUUUGCUAAUCAGUUAUUUUCCUCACCUUUUUGUAUCUGUGAUGAGUGUGAUCAGUAUUCUCAGCGUUCACACAAAAACGGGACAUUGGCUUUCUGAAAGAGUGUGUGCAUGUCUCAAUCCUACUGUUACCUUGAAAGUAAAACAAUACUUUUUAUACUCAUUUAUGACUGGAGCAGUCAAGUUUCUUUAUUUUGAUAGUUUGUAAGCUUUUUCAUUGAUAUAUGGUAUACAAAAUGAAAUAACUGAAAUUAUUAGGUAGCAGUUAGCAUGUGCACUUGUGAUGAAUAAUGUUAAGGUCUACAUGUACUUCUUGAAACUAACUCUUGCCAUGUGUCUACCAGCCCCAGAAAACUCGGAAAAAAAGGAUAUAAAACUAUAUAUAUAAAUAUAUAUAUAUAUAUACUCUAAAUCAUUUGUCUCAUACUCCAGUAAUACUGAUACCAGUAAUAAAUUUACAACUUUUGGGGAGUGUACAAAUUCACUAUCCCACUGUAUAGCUUAAGUAAGAAAUUUGUAGACCUGCUCAAUGUUGAAUCAUUGAAUUUUUCUUUUUUAAACUUACAAUAAUGAAUAACAAAUGCUUUUUCAUACCAAAGAAGAAAAAAAAGAAGUUCUUCUUGUGAACCAUAAUCUGGCUUUAAUUUUGGAGUGCCCGUAUAUGGUUUUGAAUUUUUGUGCUGAUGGGUAAAUAAUUGAAUUAUAUUAAAAUACAUGUAGAUUUCCUUUAAUAUUAUUUAAUUAUGAUGUAUGUUUAGCACCUUGAAUCUCAGUUGGCUUUUGAAAUCUUUACCGGUUUAUUUUGUUGGAAACGAUCUCUUUUCUUUGGUUUGCUGCUUUUGUCUCCCUUAGCACACUUUUUGUGCAUUAAUACUCACAACCCAUGUUGACUUUCCCCAAAGAAAAGAAUCGUUAAUCAUGUCCAAAUAUGUCAUUAAGCUGUAACAUCAUGAGCUGGGGCAUGUUUCACAAAGUGAUUUCAGGCUAUAGCCUAAAAUUGUACCGUAAUCCAAAUUAACCUCUUAAAUAUAUGUUAUGCACUAAAAGGAAAAAAAUUUGAUCACUGAUGCUGUGCUAUGGCAGUACAGUUUCAGCCAAAUUUGAGUAAUACAAAUGUAUUUUGUUUAGUAAAAAAGUGUAAAGUUUUGGACUUAGGCCCAAUAUGGCUUUGUGAAACAAUGUUACUGAAUUAUACCUAUAUCAGUUCUUUUAUUAAUGCCCCCAUUACAUGCACCAAUGUUUAUUAUUAUUUUACUGAAGUUAUGUAGAAGUGAACAGCUCAGAUGUGGCCAUUAAGAGCCAUUCCUGUGAAAGUGCAUUUUUUUUUUUUUUGCUACUGUCAUAGAAAUUGCAUUCCAUGUAAGACGGUCUACAUUGUUUUCUGUGUGCUUCCCAUAAUCCAUGACAUCACGAUCUAAUAGUGAUAUCAUUGAUUGUUUAUCUGUAACAAAAGCAAAGCAGACCAGUAAAUAUCAGUAUUCAGAAAUUAGAAUGUGAGUUCAAAAGAGUCUACAUUAGUGUUCACUUACAAUCUUCUUGACAAACAAAAUUUUAGUCAUGAUGUAUAGUCAUUUGAAUAUCGGACCAGGGAGACAUUCAGUUUUCUAAAUGCAGUUUUCAGGAUGCAGUUGAAUGUAUUUCAAAGGUAUUAAAUGUAAUCUGUUUAGUCCUUGUUAUCAUUAAUUGAGUGGGAUAUCACAACUACUAUUUCCACCAGGUAUAUUCUAAAGUGAACCUUAACCUGUUUAACUUCAAAUAUCAAGAUGCACUUUUUUAAUUGUCUGCUUUGCCUUUUUUUUAGAUUUGUAUUGACAAAAAAAAAACGGUUUGUAGGGGCCUUGAAAUUGAAAGUAAUUUUUCCAAGCCUUAAAAAGCAUAGAAAAUCAUGGUUCUUUGUGGUUCAGCCUUGAAAUUGAGGCGUAGUUUGCCACACAUACAUGGGAGACUACAGAGCCAACCUGAGUUUAUACUGUUGUGGAUUCAUGUAGUAUGCAAACUGUCUCUCAGAGAAAUUUGGUUUUCCAGCAUCUUUGAAAUUGCUGGGUGAAUGUUCAACUAAUAAAAUCCAUUCACAUUGGUAAAAGAAGCUCGUGUAACUGUACAGUAUCGAUAUUUAUUCCAAAUAGCCUGAGAAAUAUGAAUGUUGGGUCUGAAAAAGCAUGGAAAUUUGAAAUCAUUAUUGUGUACGACCCCUGUGGAAGUCGAGGUUUGACAUAUAUAUCCUAGCAGUUUUAUUAUAUAUAUAAAAAGUAAAGUUAAUAUUGGGAUAAACUAUGUGACCCUACUUUUUUCUAGGUUGACUCCAUUAAUUGAUCCCAUAAAAUUGAGGUUAAGACUUCCUGUUACCAGCUCAGAUUUCAGUGAUGAACCCUUUACUACCUGGUACAGUAUUGAAACGUGAUCAGGUAAACGUACUGAAAGGGUUAGAUGGUUGAUUACAGCGAAGUAAUGGUUUUUCUGUCAAGACACCUAGACAAUUACUGGAAUCAUGUUGAUUCAAUAGCUUUUAGUCACUGCUGAUAUAGGAACCUGUGGAGUUUGUCAUUUGAAAAUUGUUGAUUUACACAUUUAUUAUUCAACAAAUUAUUCUUCAGCGUAAUGGAAUGCCAUAGAUUUUACUUUAGUCUUUGUCAUUUGAGUGGAGUUAUGCUGUGCCAUAACAUAUUGGUGUCAUUAGUACACCCGUAUUUGCCAUGGAAGACAUCUUCAUCCGAC